AGUUGUGAUAUCUCUUCACCGUCCCGUAACGUGUGCACCGCAACGUCAACUCGUGCGCUCGUCCAUCGACUUUCCAGUGCUCGCGGUAGUCGAAAUUCGCCAUUCCAAGAUUUACUUUUCAGACAUGCGCUUGACGUCCGCAUUCCCAUUGCUGCUUGGAGCCGUUGCGCUCUUCGUCCAGGGCCAAACCGUGACGUUUCGAAGUCUGGAAGCGACUUCCUCGUCCAGUGCUUUGUCGUCCUCUUCGUAUGUCUUCAACGGCUCCGACUCGGAUAUUGCACAGCAGCUAUACAUCCGCUACAAGGCCGGUGACACUAGCGAUCAAGUGGAGCUCACGUCGGUUCCUACCGCGGUAACUGAACGUCUCGACGCCAUCAAAGUCGACUUCACCGGUCUCCCGGGACUUGUCCAGCGUGCUGUCCUAUGGGACACAGGCUUUGCCAUUGCACCAGGCAACACUGCGGUGCAGAUCUAUCCCAUGCACAAUCGCACUAUGGACAAUAUCGCCAUACCAAAGUGGGAAGUCUCCGGAGUGGACUGCACCUUCACGAAUUGUUCGCAACCAAACGAAGUGACGGCUUACUACAGUCACACGUGCACGGGAUGGCAGAUGCUCAACACUUCGCACUGUGUGAUCGAUGUCUUCGAGGACUCGGGCGCUGGGACGUACUUAGGUAACAUGUGGGCGAAUGGAGGGGACCCGGACGUCGCUCCGUUGAUCGAGCUGAGAGACCACACGUGGACGGAGCCGGUGUUUAACAAGAGCACCACCUUCUCCGUCUAUGUGGUGCACACAGUGUCUAGUUCCCAAGAACCGGCCUGGGGUGAAUGUCCCUCGGGGUACGGUACAGUGAGUAUUCCAUGCGCUCGACGCGAUCAGUUCACAGCCGAGUUCAUGGCUGCAAACACCACAAUCCCGACCGGAAGUGCGUGGGUGACCACGUGGUUGGCACAAGAGUUCGCUGAGGAAUCCUCGGGGUUCGACUACAUCCUAUUAGUCCCAAUAAUCCUUGGAGCGUUGGUGGUGCUAGGUGGCAUCGGCCUUGGCUGGUUCUGCUGGAAGCGUAAAGCCAAGAACAAUGCACAAAAAUCGACUUCUGCAGCCCACGAGCUGGAGACGGAUCAAUAUUUAGCUGUCGGCACUCCCGAGAUGAUUCUUGGCCCCACUGGCAUGACUACGCAGGGCUCCACUCUCUCUAGUCACUAUGAGAGUGCAGGAUCCAACAAGACGCUGAAGAUUCUACUAGACAGCGAACAUUUGCAAGGCAAACGUAUUCCGUACGACAGUCUAGUGUUUGAGAGAGCUGUGUCCAAGGGAGCAUCGGGUGAAGUCUGGAUCUGCCAGUACAACGGACAGAAAGUGGCGGCCAAGAGAUUGCUACAAACCAAGGAACAGAACGCUGAAAAGGUGCAAGCGUUUGCUGCUGAGAUCGAACUGAGCGCCAGCCUCGUCCACCCGCAUAUCGUCGAGUUCAUCGGUGUGGCCUGGAAUAGUCUGAAUAAUUUGACUAUGGUCCUCGAGUUCUUCCCUAUGGGCAACUUACAGAACUACCUACAGAAGAAUGCAGACCUGCUAUCGUGGGCGAGAGAUAAAAUCCACAUGGCUGUCGGAGUCGCCCAGGCUCUCGAGUAUCUGCAUGAUCGUACGCCGCCACUUAUCCAUCGCGACCUCAAGUCGAACAAUAUCUUGUUGACUGAUAAAUUGGAACCUAAACUGAUCGACUUUGGCGUGAGUCGUGAUACUGUCGACCUCACUAUGACAGCUGGAGUCGGUACGCCGUACUGGACGGCACCGGAAAUCCUGGAGGGCAAACGAUACACGGAACAGGCGGAUAUCUACUCGUUCGGGGUGGUGCUGACGGAACUGGAUACGAGCAAGAUCCCGUACUCGGACGCAACGACGGAACAUGGAGGCAAGCCGAAACCUUUCCAGAUCCUGCAGGACGUCAUGGCCGGCAAGCUGCGCCCUACCUUCUCCGAGGACUGCCCACCUCGGAUUAAGAAGAUUGGUAUGGCCUGCUUAGCUCUCAGUCCGGAGGAUCGUCCGACGGCGCAUGAACUGGUGCUGGAGCUUCAGGGAAAUGGCGAACAGUAGCCUUUGUGGUGUUUCUAAGGAGGAUGUUCAAAGUGUCAUAUUCACACGUUCCCAAAAAAAAAAGAUUUACUUAAUCUGAGCCACAAAUCGUGGUUACAGCACUUUUUGAC